GGCAGCUGCCCUGUAGAAAGUAGCAUGGCUGACUCGGGUUGCUGGAGGCCACCACGCGACUGUGACGAUUACUGGUCUGAAUGGAAACACUGCAAGAGUCUGAGAAACCGCUUUCAUAAUUAUUACACCUAUGGAAAAGCACCCGAGUGUCAAGAGUGGAAAAGAGACUACAUGACCUGCAGAGACUGGGAGAAAACAAAGAGCAAUAAUCUCAAGGAAGCUUUGCAACAGAGUGAAAAGACAAGGCUCGAAGGCAAGCAGAAUAACUCUCCUGUAUGGACAUUGAGAAAAAAUCCCCCACCAGACUGGUACCUACCGCUAGACCCUGGAAAACCUAGACAAUAAAGAAUCAUGAAUUAUAAUAAGUUCUUGUUUUUGUUAUAGUUUAGCAGAAAUCUCACAGUUUCAAGUGUCUCUUUUGCAAUUAAAGGACUACUCAACGCCUUGCUUUUUAUAAAUACAGAUAUCACAUAGUGAUUUACAAAAGCUGGUUUUAAGUAAUAAGAAAGCUCCUCUACUCUUCUUGGUGUUGUAAUUGGUCAAGUGCUUAUCUAAAUCGAACAGUGACAUACACCUGUAUGGCUGCUCAUGCACUGUCCAUCCAUUAAGCAGAUUAGAGUACAGUACAGUCUGCAUGCACUCUGCCACAUUUACUUACCGAGGCAAGACGUUCUAUUUUUUUUUAACUUGUCUUCUCUUAUCUGAUACACAAUGUUACUCAAAGAGGAGAAGAUACUGUUUAAAAAAUAAGUCCUCAGAUGUGCACCAAAAGUAUUUUUGAUCUAAUAUGUCUUUGCACUCACAUGAAUAGCACCUGGCUGUGAGAGGCAUUUAGAAAUUGAUUGUAUAUGAAGUUGUGUUUUUGCAAUGCACCAUCAAAUCCAACUCUAUUUCAUUUGAUCUGUUUUAAUAAUGAUCUCUUGAAAUAUAUACAUGACAUGUAUAUAGACAUGACAAAAGCCAACUGCUGUUAAGAUGGCUAUAGGUCUCAAUCUAUUUUUUCCAUCUGUUCAAAACUGCAGGAAGUGAAAAGAGUAGUUAUGGAUGAAACUGACCAGUUUCACUUUGCUGAAAAGUCACCAAAAUGCAUUCAAGUCUAUGGACGACAAUGUUUUUUUUCACCCAUUAGAGUCUAUGGGGCAAAUUCACUAAGCGCCGAACGCUAGCAUUACUUCGCUAGCGUUAGGCAUUUUCGUUACUGCGCAAAUUCACUAACGAACGAUGGCGUAGUUUCGCUAGUGUUACUUCGCACCCUUACGCCUGGCGAAGUUUCGCUAACGACGUAACUACGCAAAUUCACUAACGCGCGCAGUGUACUGAACGCUACCUUUUACGCUAGACUUCCUUCGCCACCUCAGACCAGGCGAAGCGCAAUAGAGUAGAUAGGGAUUGCUUAAAAAAAAAAAAUUUUCCUAAGUCCCAAAAAACGCUGGCGUACAUUUCCUGACUCAUGGCAACUUACCUAGACAGUGGGCACAUGUGUAGGGCAAAAUAAAAAUUUUAUUUAAUGUUUUGAAGCUUUUCUAGCCAUUUGUAGUGCUGAUACGUAUUCCUCCAUUGAAAUUUGAAUUUGGCGCCGUAUGCAAAUUAGCCUUCGCUAGCUUAACUUCGCUUUACUUAGCGAAUCAACGCUAGCGCAACUUCGCAACCUUACGCUACCCCUGAGCGCAACUUCGGAUUUUAGUGAAUUUGCGAAGCGCUGGCGAAACUACGCCUGGCGAAGUUACGCCUGGCGCAACUACGAAUCUUAGUGAAUUUGCCCCUAUGGGUGUUCACUGCAAAACUUGGUUGAAAAUUUCACUCAUCACUAGAAAAGAGAGUAUGGCUCCUCUUCACCUCCCAAUGCACCCGCUGACCUGGGGCAGUGGCAGAUCAAAUUUUCAAACUAGACAGAUCAUUUGUGAUGUGACCGGUUUACAGGAUAGUCUGCUGAAACCAAGCCUCAAUGUGCUAUACAUGGCUGCCCAGUCAGAAUGGCUGCAGAACAGCUAAACUGCCCAACCACAACUGGGCAUGUAUAGUCACCUUUAGUGUGCAGUGGGACACCACAAUGGAACACAUUUUAAAUAAGAAUUAUUAGCAGUUCUUUACUAAUGUGAACAAAUUAUUGCUUGGCAAUUUGUAUGGGUGCUAUUCUCCAAUAUGCAUUAAACUGUAUGUGGCUAAUUGCA